AUGGAGAAUGCAUGCAGCAAACGCAAGCCGACUACCCAGUUGACCAAAGAUCAACUGCAGGGUGAAGCCACGCAAGGAGAGCAGCAAGAAACCGAAACUCAUUUGGAUAUGAAGGAGGCCGAUGCGGACACUUUAAAGAACAGACGCCGACUAAAGAUCGUGCGGACGCAUGCGCCUCCUGCUGCUGACUGCUCGCAGCAGCGGUCACUGAAGGAGGACGCAGCAGAGAGCAGAUUGCAAACAACACCCGAGGUGGCCCCGCAGACAACGGAAUCCCCUGCCACAACCGCUGCAGCACCUCCCGCAGCCACUGAUGGUGAACAGGCAGCGGCCCCUGUAGCGGAAACUGCAAACGCAUCUGAAGAUGCAGAAAAUGGAAGCAGCGUCUCCCGCACAGAUGGGUGUGCAGCUUCUGCUGAUGGUGCUGCUGCAGUUGAAGCUGCCGAUGCUGCGGCAGCGGUCCACAACGGCAACGCAGCAACCGGCAGCGGAAGCAGCAACGGAGGUGGUGGAGGCCUAUUUGGGUCCGUGUUGAAGGGUACCUCCGCAUUUGUCAGUCCCUUCAGCUCUCUUGGUGCAACAGGAAGCUCCUUCUUGCUGCCUUCUACAGGAGCUACUGAGGGCUCGUCCCUCUUCAGAGGGUCAGGAGAGGCCCCAGCGGCCGAAGAAGAUGCAGAUGUACCCCCACCGGAGGAACCCACCGUCGUCACAACCACUGUCGAUAGCAAGGAGGAAAUCAUCUUCUCAGAUAAAGGAGAGGAGGAGGGCCUACCGAAUGCCCGCAUUCUAUUUUUCGUCAAUCGCACAGGCCGGCUGCGACUAAAUUCUCCGGUGUUGCCAUCAACAGUCAAAUUUAGACAUCCUGUUGAGCGUUCAGCAGCUUCUGCUGCUCAAGAGGGCGGCAGUGCGGCUAAGGACUUGCCGCUCAAGAAGAAUACGGUGGAGUUCACCGGGCUCAGAAUCGAUGCAAAGGACGCGAAAGAUACGACCUUCUACCGCAUCCGCUUUUCGAACGAUGAACGCGCUGCGGAGUUUAUUUCCUUGGCGAAUGCCAAGCAAGAAGAGGCUGCCAAAACCGCCCAAAACGGUAGCACCAAUUAG